AUGGAUUGGGCUGAUCUCGAGCCCAUCCUGCGCCGCCAUUACGCCCCCACCGUGCCGAUCCUCAUCCGCAGGUAUGAUUUCUACCGCCGGGACCAGCGCGAAGGCGAGUCCACCAGCGAUUUUGUGGCCCAGCUGCGGAACAUGGGAGGCCCCUGCGAGUUCCCCGAGCUGGACCAAGCGAUCCGGGACCGACUCGUCCUUGGACUCCGAGACCCCGACGCCCGGAAGGUACACGUGGCCUUGAGCAUCGAGGACCGGCCCUGCGAGAUGGAGGUGGACUCCGGGUCCUUCCUCUCAAUGGUCUCAUGGCGCACAAUCAAGCGCCUGGUCCCGACCAUCCGCCGCAACAAGCUGGACGACCAGAAGCUAAUCCUGAAAGACUACCAGGGAAAUCGCAUCCCUGUAGUUGGCAUCGGGCACUUCAAGGUAACGUUCAAGAACCACACUGACGUCCUGCCGCUCACGAUAGUGGACCGGGACCGCCCCAGCCUGCUCGGCCUACAAUGGUUCGCCCCGCUCGGCAUCGAAGUAACCGGCAUCCACCGCACGGACACGGCCGACUGGGAAGUGACCCUCGUGAGGGAUUUCCAGGAAGUUUUCGACAACUCGCUAGGCAAGUACCGUGGGCCCCCUAUAUCGUUCAACCUUAACCCCAAUGUCGCCCCUAUCCGCCUAAAGCCCCGGCGAGUGCCCUUUGCGCUCAAACCAAAAAUCGACGAGCAACUAGACAAGCUCGUCGCACAGGGGGUGCUUGAACCCAUCGACCAUGCCCGUUGGGAGACGCCCAUAGUCACCCCCAUCAAGCCCGAUGGCUCCAUUAGAAUAUGCGGGGACUAUAAGGCCACCCUUAAUCACGCGCUACAGCAAAGCGCCUACCCCGUCCCAGUGGUGCAGCACCUCCUGCACUCACUGGGGGGAGGCCGGGUCUUCGCAAAACUCGACUUGGCACAAGCCUACCAGCAACUGCCGGUCGACGCGGAGACAGCAGAAGCGCAAACGAUUGUCACACACCGGGGGGCUUUUCGUUGCAACCGACUCCAAUUCGGAGUCAGCGUCGCCCCGGGAGUCUUCCAAAGCCUCAUGGAGAGGCUCCUCCAGGGCAUCAAAGGGGUGGUUCCCUACUUUGACGACGUGCUGAUCGCAGCCGCCGACAGAGAACAAUUGGAGAUCCGUUUAAGGGCGGUGCUUAACAAAUUCAAAAACGCCGGCCUUAAAGUCAAAAGGGACAAAUGCCAACUACACACCAAGAGGGUCGAGUUCCUGGGCUACCUUCUGGACCGGCAUGGAAUACACCCGACCGGGAAGAAACUCAGGGCCAUCAAGGAAGCCCCCACACCAACCAACAAGGCGGAGCUACAACGGGAAGAGACUGCGUUCCAACGAACCAAGGACUUGCUAACAUCAGACGCGGUUUUGAUUCAGUACAGCGAAACCCUCCCGCUCUCAGUAACAUGCGACGCCUCACCCUUCGGUAUAGGAGCAGUCCUCAGCCACACCCUACCCGACGGGACGGAAGCACCCAUCGCCUUCUUCUCCCGGACACUAGCAAAACUGGAAAGAAACUACAGUCAACUAGACAAAGAAGCCCUCGCCAUCGUCGCCGGAGUUAAAAGGUUCCACGAAUACCUUUACGGCAGGAACUUCUCAAUCAUAACGGACCACAAGCCCCUGCUCGGAAUACUCGCAGGGAACAAGGCCACCCCGAACAUCCUAUCGCCCCGGAUGACAAGGUGGUCCGAAUUCCUUGCAGCAUACUCCUACGAGCUGUCACACCGACCCGGUAAGGCCAUCCUACACGCAGACGCACUAAGCCGGGCACCGCUACCGGACGUAGAUGACGACCCGGCACCCACAACGACGACCCUACAGAUCGAGACCAUGCCGUGCCCGCUCUUAACCGCGCCAGACAUUGCCCAUGAAACAAAUAAAGACAAACGGCUGGCGCGGGUACUGAGCUGGGUAGAGCGGGGAUGGCCAGAAGUUGAAGGUAACGAAUAUUUCAAACCCUUCAGAAACCGCCAAACUGAGCUGUUCUCACAAAAGGGCUGCAUUCUCUGGGGCGACCGGGUGGUCAUACCGGAAACACUGCGAGACAGAGUGUUGGCAUUGCUGCACGAGGGACACCCAGGGGUCGUCAAGAUGAAAGCCCUGGCCAGGAGCUAUGCUUGGUGGCCGGGGAUGGACAAACAAAUAGAAAAUGCCGUCUACGCGAAAAACUUCACGGGAGACCCCCUCUGGGUACCCGCACAAAUAACGCAGGUAACUGGACCCCGAUCAUACAGACUACAAACAACAGACGGAAGGAGCUGGAAGCGGCACAUCGACCAGCUACGGCAAACUCGAAGCCCCGCCUACCUGCGCAACUACGUCACGACGCGGCGUCAGACGAAACCAUGA